AUGGCCUGCGACACGAGCGACUGGCUCAAGUUCGGGCACGAGAUCGAAAACCUCAAGGACAAACACAGGCGCCUCAACAUCUUCUACAACAACACCGACUUCAACCACGUGUCCGCCUUGCCGAGCGACAGCAAGGCCUUCGAGAGCACCAUGGCGGCCAACUUCCAGUCCGUCCUGGACAGCAUCAACCUCGCCGGCGCCGUGACGAAGAGCCAGAAGCACAGGGGAGGCUGCAUCCUCCUGAGGAGCAGCACCAUGGGUCUGCUCGGCGAUGUCGUGCCGUCAGCGUACAGCAUCUCCCUCGCUGCGGCCACUGGCGUGAUCCCGGCCAAGGCGGCGGAGCUGGCGGGGCACGGCGUGCGGGUGAACGCCAUAUCGCAGCAUGCCGGCGUGCACAAGCGCGUGCUGAGGUCGAUCUUCCCCCACGCCGAGGAUGACCACCUCGAGCAUAUGAUCGAGAAGUACAUGAUGACCAGGACGGCGGCCGACGACGACGUGGCCAACGCAGCGGUGUACCUCGUGUCGGAGUACGGUAAGAGACUGACAGGGAACAACCUCAUCCUGAACGGCCAGUUCACUACUCCUUAG